AUGGGGGAUGACAUCACCUUGAAGUUUCGUCAGAAGCUUCUACUCAUUGAUGAUAACUUGGGGACCGAAGAUGUAGCAGCUUUAAAAUUUCUCUGUCUUGACCUGAUCCCCUUCAAAAAAUUGGAAAGUGCACAGUCAGCACUGGACAUUUUUCAGCUUCUUAUGGCUGAAGAGUAUCUGAACGAGGAAGAUACUUUUCUAUUAGCUGAACUUUUAUUCAGAAUUAAAUGUCACUUUUUGCUCCAAAAACUUAACUAUACAAAGGAGAGAGUGCAAGAAUAUCUACCAGAGAAGGGAAGAGUAUCUCCUUACAGGCAGAUGCUGUAUGAAUUGGCAGAAAACAUUACCAGCGAGAUGUUGAAGGAAAUCAUUUUCCUCCUGAGGGACUACCUGCCGAAACGACAGCCAAUUGUUUCUGCUCUGGAGUUGCUCAUUUUAUUGGAAAAACAGGGCCUUUUAACUGCAAGCAAUGUGAAAAUGCUGGAGAAAAUCUGUACGAGUGUUUCACCUGAUCUCCUGGAAACAAUAAACAGUUACAAAAGGGAAAAAGUAUCUCUACCUCAGCAAGAGAACACUCUGCCAAUCAAGGAAUCUGCAUGGCCUGGAAGUACCAAAGUGUUCAGUUCCCCCCAGGAGACAUCUAUCAAAUCUGUGAGUUCUAAAAUCAAUGAUGACAAAGCAGGUAAUGUUAUACAAGGCAUCUCUGAAGUGAACCUGAACCUGGAGCUGCCUGCAGAGUCCAUCAAUGCAAAAAAUGAAUCCAAGAAGUUGACAAGCUACAAAAUGGACGGACCAAAGAGAGGAUUUUGUCUUGUUAUUAAUAAUGUUAAAUUUGAUGGGGAUCUUGGGGAGAGAAGGGGUUCUUGCAAAGACGCAGAGGAGCUGGAGCGGGUAUUCACAUGGCUUGGUCUAGAGGUGAAGAUUUACAAAGAUCGAACAUCUAAGGAAAUUAAAGAUCUCAUGGAGACUUGGCAGGAUUCAAAAAAACAGAUAAACAGGGACUGUUUUAUCUGCUGUAUUCUAUCUCAUGGAGAUUCGGGAGCAAUCUAUGGGAAAGAUGGGGAGCUUAUAUCAAUCCGCACAAUCAUGUCCUACUUCACUGCCAAACAAUGUCCAGCGCUUGCUGAAAAACCCAAACUCUUCUUUAUUCAGGCAUGCCAAGGCAAAAAGAUACAGUGUCCUGUCUCUGUUGAAGCUGAUGCACAGGUUCCUGAAUUGCCUUCUGUGCAACAGAGAAUUUCUCCUUCUGACAGUAUUCCUGAAGAAGCUGAUUUCCUCCUGGGUAUGGCCACAAUUGAUGGUUAUGCCUCAUUCAGGCAUGUUGACCAGGGCACUUGGUAUAUUCAGGCUCUAUGCAGCAAGCUACAGCUGUUGGUACCCAGGGGUGAAGAUAUUUUGUCCAUUCUUACAGAAGUUAAUGAAGAUGUGAGCAGGCGUGCUGACAGCUUGGGGAGAAAGAAGCAGAUGCCCCAACCAGCUUACACUUUAAGAAAAAAAUUUAUAUUCCCAGUGCCUAGAGAUCCUCCUCCCUCACAGCAAUAUUGAGGCUUCCUGAAUACCUUCAUGAGCACAUUUC